CCGCCCGACGUCAUCGACUAUGACGGCGAAAUCACAUUCUCAAUGGCUCAUAACCUUCAUAUAAAUAGGAGGACCGGCAAGUCAAAGUCUCGUCAGUACAAUCUUCGGCAUGACCGCCCUCUCGAGCGAAAAGCUGCUGCAUGCAGCCAAGGAGACCGUGCUGCUGCCCUUCACCCUCUUCACUUUCUUCCUCUGGGAGUUCCCCAAAAGCUUUACCCAGUUUGUAUUGCGCGUCUUCUACGAGUUCAUCCAGCUCCCGAUUAUCUUAAUUUUCAAGCCGCCGCUUCCACCGAAAGAGCUCAAACGUCCACGCGGACGCAUUGCUGUCAUUGGUGCCGGCCUAACAGGGGUGUCGUCCGCGGCCCAUGCCAUAUCCCACGGGUUUGACGUUGUCAUCUACGAGAAAGAGAACAAAAUCGGUGGCAUCUGGACCUCUGUCAACAAGACCUCAGGUCUCCAGCUGAACUCGAUUCUUUACCGCUUCCACCCUGCCGUACUCUGGGCAAAGUUCUUUCCCCACCGUGACGAGAUCCUAAGCGAGAUCGAGAGAAUAUGGACAGAAUACCAACUUGAGGAUCGCACGCGCUUUGACACACGCGUUACGUCCGUGAGACGUGUUGCUGGCGGCGAGGGCGGCGAAGAGAAGCGUGCUCGCUCUAAGUGGCUCGUCAACGACCGCGCAGACGGCGAGUUUGACGCAGUGAUCGUCACUAUCGGGACUUGUGGCGAGCCCAACAUGGUGCAGUUCCCUGGCAUGCCUGGGUACAAGCCCAAAGAACACGCAAAAAACGAACAGAAGCACGACUCAGACAACAAGACCGAAGUGCCUCGCCAGGACCACAACUUUGAAGGCGAGGAACACCCACCAAAACAGGCAGCGUGGAGUUCGCAGAGCAAGACGAUGGAAGCUAUCAAGCCGAAGAGAGGCCAGAAUUCAAUAAGGGCACAGGGGUUUCCCAAGCUUGGCGACGCAUUGCAGGAAACUCCGGCCCAGGACGAAGAUGUGGCACUUCUGGACAAGAUUGGAGAUGUACACGGCGCGAGCACGAUCGUCGGGGGCAUGGCAGGCGCGUGGGAUACUGUUGAGGAGUCGACGUGGGAACUUGGGCGCGACCAAUCGAACAAGAAGGAACAGGGCUUCCCGCGCCCCGAGGAGGCUUAUACGCCGGGCCCGGAUGUGCAGGAAGACACGAAGCGGCCAGAGGAUGCGCAGAAUGAGACACAACGAAGGAGGAAGAAGCAGCACACGGCCGGUCACAAUCGCAGGGAGACCCACGACAAGAACCGAGACGCAGACGGCGAAGUUUUCGAGAAGCCGAUCCUGCACUCGUCCCAGCUCACGGCGUCGGGCACAGACUUUGGCGGCAAGACCGUUGCCGUUAUCGGGGGCGGUGCAAGCGCGGUCGAGGCUGUCGAGACUGCUCUUGCGGAAGGUGCACGGCACGCUAUCAUGGUCGUUCGCGACGACAAGUGGAUUAUUCCCCGCAAUACCUUCAUUGACACCCUGAUCGCUGCGCAGCCGUUCGGCAGGGAGAUGCCCCUGAGCUUCCUCUGGGAAAAGUUCAUCACACUAUGGAACUACCACGGCGUGCAGGAUCUCACGCCUGCGCACCUCGGGCUCUUCCAGGGCACACCGAUCGUAAACGAGGAGUUCCUGGACCACGUCCGCGCAGGCCGCUGCGAGUACGUGCGCGGCGACAUCGAGCGGCUCACGAAGGAUGGUGUGCGUGUGAGCGUGCGUGGGCGCGACAGCAAGCCCGGUGACGCGGGCGAGGAGAAGGAGUUCUCAGCCGACGUCGUCGUGCUUGCGACUGGCUUCAAACAGCCUGACAUGGAAUUCCUGCCGAAGGAGCUCUUCCCCGAAGGGUAUGAUAGGCCGAACUUGUAUCUGCAGAACUUCCCGACGGAGGACUGGAGCGUGCUCCUUACCAACUCGGCGUACAUAAACGCGAUUGGGACUGUGGGGCAUUUCCAUAUAGGCAUCUACGCGCGUAUCUUGAUGACUUUCCUCAUGGAUCCGGGCGCGCGCCCGACGCCGCAUGAUAUGAAGCUCUGGGUCGACGCCGUCGGCUUCGUGAAGCGUGGUGCCAAGAAAGGCGCAUUAGGAUUCUUCACCUACAUGGAGCUCACAAUCUGGCUCCUGCUCUUCCAUGUCUUCCGGCCAGACAGGCUCAGGUGGAUGUUCUUCAUUCUAAAUGGGUGGGGUGUCCCGCCCUUGAGCUAAGGGACUGCGAGCUCAGCAGACGUUGUUGGAUGAGAAUAGUAUGUGCUGGUGCAGACAAUUUGGACACAAUUACGGAAAUAUUGUAAGAUAUAUAUAUGUAAUAGAAGGCCCGGGGAUUGUAUAUGUAAGUUUCAUAUGUGUAUGUAGUUUUGACAUGUGGUGAAUUUUUCC